GUAAGUAUUGCAGUAGUAAAAAAAGUUGGAGAGAGUAAACUUGUUGGUGGCAGCUGGGAAACAAGGCACAAGAACAUCCAGCAUGGUGGGCAGGAGAAGGAACAGCUCGAGAGGCAAUAAUGGGCUCCAGGCCCAGCAGAAGACACCACGCAGGGGGGGGCACCGCAAGCAGACUCUGAAAGAACCAGCAGUGUUUGCUAAGGACACAGGCUAUGAGACAGAUGUUCACCAUGAGAAGCUGACAGUCGCUCAGGCCCGCAGGGGAACAUCAGCACACCGGCCAGUCAGAGUCUACGCUGAUGGGAUCUUCGACCUGUUUCACUCUGGUCAUGCACGAGCUCUGAUGCAAGCCAAGAUGCUGUUCCCAAACACACACUUGAUAGUGGGAGUCUGCAGUGAUAAGCUCACACACCAGUUUAAGGGAUAUACAGUGAUGCAAGAGGACGAGCGAUAUGAGGCCCUCAUCCACUGCCGCUAUGUUGACGAGGUGGUUCGGGAUGCCCCGUGGACCCUGAGCCCAGAGUUCUUACACAAACACAAGAUUGACUUUGUAGCCCAUGACGAUAUCCCAUACACAUCAGCAGGAUCAGAAGAUGUCUACAAACACAUCAAAGAAGCAGGCAUGUUUGUGGCCACUCAGAGGACAGAAGGCAUAUCCACAUCUGACCUCAUCACCCGCAUUGUGAGAAAUUAUGAUGUUUAUGUCAGACGGAACCUGCAGAGAGGCUACACCGCCCGUGAGCUCAAUGUUGGAUUCAUCAAUGAAAAGAAGUACCGUCUCCAGAACCAGGUAGACAAGAUGAAGGAGACGGUGAAAACGGUGGAGGAGAAGAGCAAACACUUUGUCUACCGUGUGGAGGAGAAGAGCCACGACCUCAUCCACAAAUGGGAGGAAAAAUCACGAGAAUUCAUAAGCAGCUUCCUAGAGCUGUUUGGCCCUGAUGGUGCAUGGCAUGCCAUCCAAGAGAGAAGUGGCCGUGUGCUCCAAGCCCUGUCGCCGUAUGCUUCACCGCGUGGCUCCCCCAGCAGCAGCCCCACCAGGGGGCGCUCCCCGUCUUCCCGACUGCAGUGGUACUCACCCCCCACCUCACCUACUUCCUCACCCCCCUCCUCACCCCCCUCCUCACCUUCCUCGUUCCGGAAGUCUAAGGCUUCUACCCUCCAGACUCCAUCUUCCCCCCAUAGCCCCUCUCCCCCUUCUUACCCAGAGAAGUCUUCCUCAUCCCAGAAGUCAAAGAUAAAGUCUUCCUCCGGCCAAACUACGUCCUCAACCAAAGCUGCCUCAACUUCCCCCAUAAAUGUCCUGAUUAGUAUGACUGAGGGAGAUGAGGGGGAGCAAUAAAAACAUUCAAUUAAGUAUUUUACAUAUUAGUUAACACUGUAAAAUCACAGAUUCAAACAUUAGAAUCCUAUGGACAAACACACCAAAAACAGCACAUCAUAUAUUUAUAUUAUCUCACUGAAUGGGUAAGUUACCCCAGAGAAUUACUCACUUCAUGUCAGCGGUUAGGGUAACUCUAAUGUAGAAGAGCUUUCAUCUUAAAGACCAUAAGUUAUUAGAGAUACAAUAAUGAUUCACUGUACAUGCUACACUCACAAUGAAAGUAGGCAACCCUAACCCUAUCCUGUAGGGCUGAUGUACUU